UACUACUUAUUACACAAUUUAUAUUUGGUGCUAGGUUUAACUUCAUCUGCACCAAAUGACACUAACAUGUACAUAAUAAAUACUACUAAACUGACAUUUUUUAAUUCGAUAUAUUAUUUCGCUAAAAGGGUAUAUGUGAAAACAAGUUGAUGUUUUACAUAAAUUGCAAACUUAUUAUACAUUUGUUAUGAAGCUGAAUCAAUAAUUGUUGCCUCCAUUAUAGAUGAAGAUCCAACAGCUAACUCAGGAAAGCUGUUACUAUACAACAGAGCAGAAUUGAAGGUGUCAGACCACAGGCCUGUAAUUGCUCUACUGGAUAUAGAAGUUCUGGCUGUGGAUGAGAAGAGAAGGGAAGAGAUCUAUAAGAAUGUGAUCAGUAACCAAGGCCCCCCUGAUGGUACUGUGGUGGUCAGCAUGGCAGAUUGGGGCGAGUUUGAUGACCAGUCAGUGGACGAUGUCCUCAACUUGGUGGCUGAGGCGGGAGAGGUCAUUUUGGUCAGAUUUGUUGGAGAUGACAUGUUGCUCACAUUCAAAACUGGGAAAAAUGCUUUAAGUGCUCUAAAAUAUGACCAGUUCACAGUGCAAGGCAAAGUCAUCAGUGUAAUGCUGAAGACUCAAGACUGGCAGGCUAAGAUAGAGAGAGAGGUGGACCUCAGUACUGACCACACCUUUGAGUUGGUGGACCUCAGAAACACAAACAGCUUAUUGCUGGAGGAUUUUAAUAUUCCAACUAUGUUGUUUGAUAUGGAAGGUGACAUAGCUGAGGAUGAGGGUGAUGAGGAGGUAGCAUCAUUCAAUUUGCAGAAUCUCCAGCAGCCCUUACAGCCCUCUCCAGCAGGCACUCCUACAGCAGAUAAUAACAGCCCAGCAGAUAUUUUUGGUUCUAAUACUCAGAUUAAAAUGCCACCUCCUAGACCCAUGGGUGCUCCACCAGUCCCCAGGGGGGUGGCUAAUAAGCCAACAGGGACUCCUCCCCCUGAUGCUGGGUCUGAUAUGACAGGCGGAAUUGUGGCCGAAUUUGAACAGCCACUGCGUAGUUCUCCAAAACCAACAGAGAAGCCCAAAAAGCCCCCUCCUCCCCAGAGGCCGUCUGCUCCCCCCUCCAGACCCCCACAGCCUCAGAGGCCCCCCAUGGCACCCCAAGUAACAGGGCCAGCUAAAGCAGUUCCAGCAAAAGCCAAGCCACCAAUGAGGCCUCAAAUGAUGCCCAAAUCUGAGAGACCCUCUAGACCAAGCAUGAUAGGCCUGCCUACCAAUGUUUCCCAUGCUGGACAUGCCACCACUGUGGAGGAGGCUCAGAAAUUAAUAGAGAAACUAAUGGCUCAAAGCUCCAUUGACAUGGGUGACCUCCCGGAACCUUUAUUGCCAGGGGCAGGGGCUGCACCAGCACCAAUGCCAAGAACAAAAGCAGCCAGUACAUACGACUUAUCGAUGGACAGUAGCCCUUCAGUGCCACAGGCUGCACCAAGACAUAAGCCAGAUGGGCUGCUAGCAGAAUCACAUGGGUUAUCAAAAAGUACAGGGAAUUUAAUUGCUGAUGAUAAUAUAGAACAAGACAAAUAUAAAAUAGUCACCAAUCAAGUAGAGUCCAGCCUUAAAGUGGAUUGGGGUGCAGCAAAGACCAAGGAGUCUGAGAAAGAAGCUGGGAAACCAACACCUGUUCCACGCCGAGAAGUACACAGUAUGUUUGUUGGGAAGAGCAGCCCAUCUCCACCAUUACCUCAACCAAGAACUAGUGCAAUUAAUAUAGCACCCCGAGGACCCCCUCCCCCAGUACCUGAGCCAGCAGGGAGGGGGCCACCACCACCCGUACCUGCAGCAAGAACAUCUAAAAGCCCAGACACUUCCCCCACUUCCCAGGCCUCUUCCACAAGGGGGCCACCACCCCCGGUUCCACCCUCUAGACCCUCGAAAGAAGAGAGCCGAGGACCUCCGCCUCCUGUCCCUACAACAAGACCUAUGAGACAGGACCUGCCUUCAGGAACCCCCGUUUCUGAGCAGUUGGGUUCCCCUGGGAUGAGCCCCCCUCCUACCCCUCCCCUGGGCAGUCCAGGGAGUCCACCCCCUCCUCCCCCUAACAGGACAGACUCCAUUUCGCCUCCAAAUAGCCCCAGUCACUUUGACUUUGGGCAGAGAAGUGAGGGUGGCUCGGCACCUCCACCAGCUGUACCACCCCCCAUACCACAAAGACCUGGCAUGGAGCCUGGACAAAUGGGCACAGAGGAGAAGCCAUUUGUACCACCUAUACCACGUAGGCCUAAUGUUGCUCCAAUGGAUAGGCCCGCAUGA